AUGACAACACCCUACUACAAGCACCCUAACCUCAGGGAGCAGUGGGGUCUCGCCGAAGAUCCCAAUGGUAGCGAUCAUGUUGUUACCUCCAAGGGACACAAGCUGACUCGUACUGCCACUGUUGGAGAAGACCAUUUCGACUCUUCUCAACCUGGGUUCCCCGUUUACCAUCGAAGAAUCGGCAACCCUUUCCCGCUCGUUUGCAUUUCCACGGGGGCAUUCCUCUUGAUGCUUGGUCUCCUCUGCGUUGGACACCGUGGCAUUACCAACCCUAGGAUUAUCAUCACGCUGGGUCUACCUCUAGGAAUGAUCGGAAACUUUACAGCUUGCAUUUUUAGCUUUGCCGAAGGCUCCACGUAUCUCGCUACCAUUGCCGGGACCUUGGCGGGAAUUAUUGGAGGGGCUGCUUUCCUCUUUCUCCCUUGGGUCAAUAUCCAAGCAAGCUACCUCUUGGGAGCCCCUACUCCAACCGAGGGACUCGCCGAAUUCUACAAAGCGGUUGCCAUUUUCUUCUUCAUCGCCUUGAUUCCGAUCUUCCUCAUCUUUUUGGCUUCACUGCGCACUUCGGGUCCCGUAGCCGGAGCUGCCUUGCUUAUCGUUGUCGCACUCGGCUGUCUGAGUGGUGGCUUCGUUGAUGGUUACCCGAAUCUGACCAUUUUGAAGGCCUCGGGUUCCUUCUUCAUCAUAGUCAGUGUAGCUUUGUUCUACUCUGCUACGAGCGUCAUGUUGGCCGAGGAAGGGUUGAAGGUGUUGCCCGUUUUCCCUCUGCCUCGGCUGGACUAG